CCAACUGAAGAACAACAAAAACAAACGGCACACCGAGGGGGUUCUGACUGAGGACGAUGGUCUUCUUGUUUCAUCAAAGUUCUCAACAUUUUCUCUCGGUGGUAGAGGAGAAGUGACCUGAUGUGCAGUUGAAAACAGGCUUUCCUUUGGUCUCUGCUACAUCAGAGGCAAAGACUGAACGUGUCCUAAGGGAGAAAACACUAAAAAUGGCUGCGACCAUGGAGUCGUCCUCUGAUGAAGAAGAGGGGUGCACCUUCAUCCAAGUCCUGAGUGAGAAAUACAACCCGGAGAAUUUCCCCUACGGCCAAGGAGUAGUGGUAAUGCCCAGCCCACCAGGGUCCCCUGUCAAAGGUCACCUGUUCUUGCCCAGUAUGCUGGUUCUGAGUGACGCUGGAAUCAGAAAAGCCGGUGACAGGUCAGACAUUGCAGCUUUCUGUGCCCAUGUCCUAGAGCUGGAUCUGUCCCACAAUCAACUGAACGACUGGGUGGAGAUCUCCACCAUUGUUUCCAACAUCCCCCACUUGGAAUUCCUCAAUCUGAGCAUGAACCCUCUGAGCGGCGUAGAACUGGAGCCCAGGAUGGCUGAGGUGUUCUCCAGGGUCCGACAACUUGUCCUCAUUAACACACAAGUCAGCUGGGACACUGUGCACACACUCACACAACAGGCACAAGAGCUGGAGGAGCUUUUCCUGUGCCUGAAUGGCUACAACACCGUGUCAGAAUGCCAGGCGUCCUGUCCGUCACUACGCCUGCUGCAGAUUACAGACAACCAGCUGAAGGAAUGGGCAGAAGUGAGGAAGUUAGGGCAGAUGUACCCGAGUCUGAAAACACUGAUUCUGGCCAAUAACCGUGUGGACUCUGUGAGUGACACUCGGGAAACACUGGAGCAGCUCUUCCCCAACCUGCGCACCAUCAACCUCAACAACUCAGGGCUUAGUAAAUGGGCAGACAUUGAAAGGCUGGCUUUCUUCCCUAAGCUAGAGGACGUAAAAGCAAAGGGGAUUCCUUUACUGCAGCCUUACACCACCCACGAGAGACGUUGCCUCCUUUUAGCACAAUUGCCAUCUGUAGUGUUGCUGAAUGGAAGUGCAGUGUCUGAUGGAGAGAGAGAGGAUGCUGAGAGGCUUUUCAUCCGGUACUACCAGGACUGCCCAGAACAGGAACUUUCUGAGAGGUACCACAUCCUUGUAUCCAAGUAUGGUCAGUUGGCCCCGCUGGCGGAGGUGGACCUGAGCCCCCGCAGCACCAUGGUGGAUAUUCGCUGGGGUGACAGGGUGGAGACCGUCAACCUCCGUCUGGAGCAGACGGUGGGCGACCUGAAGAAACACCUUCGAGCUCUGCUGCAGCUGCCCACCAAUGGCAUCAGGCUCUUCUACAUGGACAGGGAGAUGUGUUCGGUCCUGGGACCUGAGGAGUUGAAGUGCAACAGCCGCGCCCUCCAUUCCUACCGAAUCCGAGAUGGGGAUGAGAUUGAAGUUGUGCCCAAAGUUAAAAGUCGCUGCAGCUCCUCAGAUCUUUAAGUUCAGAGGCUCUCUGAUUUUGGAUGAAUGGGACUUAAGGAAUUCUAGAUGAACACUUACUUGAUACUAAGCUUUGACUUGAGCCUUUUUUUUUUUUUAGAUUAAAAGAAAAGGUGAUAUAUUUCAGCCUUGAAUGUAAAGGUGUUUGCUGUCUACCAUAUUGAACAAAUAUAUACUAUAUCAUAGUAUAUUUGCACAUAGGAGUUCCACAUUCACAAAGCGUGUAUCCUAAGUUGCACAUUUCUGUGCUUUAGUUAUUUAAGAUAAGGCUGCAGUUUACAUAACAUUUUAUGGAAAAUGUUUUGCAAAUCCAAGCAGGGCUGUAAAUGGUUGUUUGAAAGAAAAAAACAGCAAUUCAAUGCAUAUAUGGCACAUUUAGGAACUAAAACUAUUUUAUGUGUUUACAUGUCUGAUUUAGAUUUGAGAUUUUAGGAUGAAAAUGUUCAACCUUGCUUUGACCAUGCAUGGGACUUAGUCGCAUUUAUGCAAGUAAAAGAAAAAUUUAAAUUGGGUGACACAAAAUAUAUAAUAGACACAAGUUCUGAUGGAAAUUGGAUUUUGAAAAUACCAACUGCUGUGUACAUUCUGCCUUAGCUGGCGUUUCUGCACCAUAAUAAGUAGCUCUUCGAUGUUUUCCAGCAAGUACGAUUACUUUGAGGCCUGUACUCUGGAACAGUGUCCUCUGGCAGCAGGGAACACUGUAAUGUUUUAUGCCUGGGAGUAAAGAGUUUGGGUGAAAAUAAUUCUAAACUAAUUACUCCUUAAAAGCCAAAAAUGGUAAACAAUGAACCUUGAGCGUGCAGUAAUGAUUGCAUCCAAGCUGACAGGCACAAAGUCUUUACAAGCAUUUCAAUUUCUGCAUGUUGGUAUCGCCAAGGAUGUGUAACCUGGGUGCAGUCUGCAUUUGCUUCACAUACAAAUAACUGUGGGCAAAAAAGAGAGAGAGAGAUAUUUAAAUGUUAUUUGCAUGACAAUGUCUCAACGAGGCUUAGUUAUAUAUAUAUUUUUUUUUUGAACCUUUAUCUAAACAUACUAGAUUCGCUCAUGAGAACAUGACGCUGUGCUUAAGUUACUCAAAUCUUUACUUGUUUCUUCCUGUCCCUCAGAUCGCUCUCUUUCCACAUGAUUCUUGAUAGCAGUGAAAAUGCUCUGGGAUAUCCCCUGACCUGAAAUCACAAAUGCAGUGUGUUGGGAAUAA